AUGGCAACUGAAACUAUCAAGAUGGAUCCCAUCUGUCUGGUGGAAAACUACAGAAAUGAUCUGAGAGUAAAUCCCAAAGCACUGAAUAUUCUUGAGACUAUAUCUCAGCCAGUGGUGGUGGUGGCCAUUACAGGGCUGUGUAGGACAGGUAAAUCCUACCUAAUGAACCGCCUGGCUGGACAAAACUGUGGUUUCCAGCUGGGUUACACAGUGAAGGCUGAAACUAAGGGCAUCUGGAUGUGGUGUGUACCUCAUCGCUCCAAGAUAAAUCACACCCUGAUACUUCUGGACACUGAGGGCUUAGGUGAUGUGGAAAAGGGUGACUCCAGAAAUGACUCUUGGAUCUUUGCACUGGCCGUGCUUCUGAGCAGUGUAUUCAUCUACAACAGCAUAGGGACCAUCAACUACCAAGUCAUGGAACAGCUACACUACGUAGUCGAAUUAGCAAACCUAAUCAGAACAAAGUCUUGUCCAAGUACUGAAGAAAUAAAGGAUUCAGCAGAGUUUGUAACUUUCUUUCCAGACUUUAUUUGGACUUUACGGGAUUUCAAGUUGAAGUUGGAGUUAGAUGGACAAAGUAUCACUGAAGAUGACUACCUGGAGAAUGCUUUGAAAUUGGUUCAAGGUGAGGAUUCAGGAACUAAAAGCUCCAAUGAUACUAAAGAGUGUAUCAGGACAUUCUUCCCCAAACGGAAAUGCUUUGUUUUUAAACAACCCACAAAAGAUGAUGAUCUAUUGCUCAAUCUUGAGAAAGCAUCAGAAAACCAACUGGAAAUGAUUUUCCAGGAGCAAUCCAAAAAUUUCUGUUCUUAUAUCUUCAAAACUGCAAAACCCAAGACCCUAAAAGGUGGAAUCAUUGUCAAAGGGAAUGGACUGGCUGUUCUGGUUGAAUCCUAUGUGAAUGCUAUCAACAGUGGGAACGUUCCUUGUUUGGAAAAUGCAGUGGCAUCCCUGGCCCAGCAGGAGAAUCCAAUGGCUGUGCAGAAGGCAGUUGACCACUACAGUGAGCAGAUGGCCCAGCAAGUGCAGUUCCCCACAGAAUCACUUCAGGACCUGUUAGAAGUGCAUGCAGCCUGUGAGAGGGAGGCCAUUGCAAUCUUUUUGAAGCACUCCUUUAAGGAUGACGAUAGGAAGUUCCAGAUACAGCUUUCGGCUUUUAUAGAGGGGAAAAAAGAUGACUUCUUGCGACAAAAUGAGGAGGCAUCUCUCAAAUACUGCCAGGAUGAACUUAGAAAGAUUUCAAAAACUCUGGAGGAAAGUAUUUCAAAAGGAGUUUUCUCUGUACCUGGAGGACACAAACUCUACUUAGCAGAAAAGAACAAGGUUGAACAGGACUAUGCAUUGGUACCCAAGAAAGGAGUUAAGUCAAUGGAGGUCCUCCAGAGCUUCUUGCAAUCUCAAGAAUCAACAGAGCAAGCCAUACUUCAAGCGGACAAAUCUCUCACCAAAGAAGAGAAACGCAUAGCAGCUUUACAGGCCCAGAAUCAAGCAUCUGAGAGGAAAAUGGAGCUGGAGAGAAAUAGAAAUAAAAUGCAGGAGCAAGAAAUAGAGACUCAAAUAAAAACUCUGAAUGAAAACAUAAUCCAACUGAAGAAUAAACUGGAGGAAGAAAUGGAAAUCAAGUUGGGAGAGUGGUAUACAAUUCUGGAACACGUUCAGAAGCACCAAGAAAAACUACGUACCGAAGGAUUUAAAGAUAAGUUUGAAGCAAUGAAUGAAAUUAUAAAUCAAGUAAAAGAAAAAAUUUCAAGCACUGAAAGUAAUUGGACUAAAAUAAUUUCAGGAAUACUUACUACAUUUGGUACUAUGUUAAUAGGAGGACUACCUGGAAAUUAUAAGUUGAUUGGUAUUGGAACAGCACUAUUAGGCAUGAUAGUUCCUAAUGCUAUAUGUUAUUUACGUAAAAAAAAUGUUUUGAGGAAUAAAAGUGACUAG